AUGGUUGUAAGAAUGGUGGUGUUAAUAGACCUUCCCUUUGGAUUACACAUGGGUACGAUUCUGUUCUCCCCCCUUGAAAAGGGUGAACUUUACCCAUUCUCUUAUUGUGGCGCAAACAUUCUAAUCGUUGUUGCAAAGCUUGUUUGGCAGUGUUCUCUGGCUCUUGCUGCUGCUAUAUGUUUGAUGAAUGAGUCUCCCGGAUGCAUUGUUCCCCGAUUAUUAUUUCUUGAAGGCUACCUUAACUGCGAAGAUAAAUCCAAUUGGAGUUGGCCUAAUUGUGUGAAGAUGCAUGUCAUGGGUUCUUUGAUUCUUCAGUGCAGGGUACAGAAGCCCUCUCCGAUUGAGACGGCAGCCGUCCCGCUUGGACUGCAACAAGUGUUACAAUUGUGCAAAGACUUGUCAUUUGGGGACCCAAAAGCUUUAGCCACACCCCCCAGUGGAGAGUAUGUCAGAAAUGAGGUUCUAAAGGUACUGAAUAAUGUGCUCAAGAAAUAUUGUGCUUAUAAAGCUGUUUAUCCCAAAGGAUCUUUAAAUAAAAGAGGAAGUUACUUAUCUGGCCAGCUUAUUUAUGGUGAUUCAAUUUUGGCUUCUAUUGGAUACAAAUGGAAGUCUAGUGACAUCUUCUAUGAGGAUGUGUCCUUGUGCACAUAUUACAGGAUACUUGUAGCAAGUAAAACACCCAGCGGACUUUACAAGUUGUCCAGAGAUGCAGUACUUGCAGCAGAGUUGCCUUCAGCAUUCACUUCGCGAACCAAUUGGAGGGGUUCAUUUCCAAGAGAACUCCUACGUACAUUCUGCUGUCACUGCCGUUUAUCUGAACCUGUCUUCUCUAUCAUCAGUAAUACCCUGGAAUCGUUGACAGAGUUUCCUGGAUCGCAGAAGAAGCUGAAGGUUAAUGAGUCAAGUAACCAAAUAAUAAACGAAGGUGCAAAUGAUAUCAGUGGUUGUGUACCCACGGGAUCCAGAGAGACUUUGAGUUGUGAAGUAAAAAUAUUUUCCAGGUGUCAAGAUUUGAUUAUUAAGUGUUCACCGAAACAAUCUUUUAAGAAGCAGAAUGAUGCCUUUCAGAAUGCUUCUCUGAGAGUUCUCUCAUGGCUGAAUAGGUAUUUUAAGAAAAUAGAUAUGGCUUUAGAGGAGCUGACCUCUUGUGGAGACGUUCUUGACAUCCAAUUUGAUUCCCAACCCUUCAUUAAAGAGUUUUCUCUGGCCGUAUCAGUGUACACUUUUUUGCAUAGCAUUGGGGUUCAAGAGGAAGACAGAGUGUUAGAUUCAGCUUGUAUAAAUCAGCUAAACGGAAUGCUGGGAGAUAAAGUGGGCUUUAUAGACAUCAAAGGUCCCGAUUCUGGAGUCUAUCCUUCUAAUGGGUGGUUGUUUGAGAUAGGGUCUGGUGCUGUGAUUUCCUGCCUGGAUGCCUUGAAUCAGUUGUGACACAGUUUCUGUUGGUCAGUCUGCAAGGUUCUAUAUGAAAUUCCCUCCUCAAGAGUUGAUUGUAGCUUCAGCUCGUGAUUCUUCCUUAAUUCUUCGAGUAUUAACUCCAGGUUUUGAGGAAUUUUGCUGUCUGGUCUGGUUGGUUGGUUGGUUUGGUGAGUGCAGUAUUAGAAAGUGAGGAAUAAGGAGAAAUAUAGUCUUGUUUGUUUGUGUGUUCAGCAACUAUUAAUAUGAUCACUGAAUUCCCUUGUUCACUAUGCCUUGUUUUGUGUUAGUUGAGGGAUUUACUUGAUAGAGGGUUUCUGCACCCACUGGCUUAUAGAUAAAAAUACUCACACAUUCAUAUUUGCAUUGACUCUGAUCUUAUGAACGGAUGAGAAUUGUUAGGGAUUUCUGCAUCUGAUAUGUUUCUUUGAUCUUUAUUAAUUAUUUCGUACUUGUGGAUUUUCCCAGUUGUGAAUUAUUAGAAACAUGAAGGUUUUGAAGUUUUUAGUACCAAUCAAUGCCUGAUUGCUCCUACAUCAGAGGAUAUUAAUUGGUGUGUAGUCAAUGCAGGCAAGAUGAGAUUCAAAAUUUUUUGCCAAUCUCCGUAAGAGGCUGGAAUGUUUUCGUGUAUUGGAGUACGAUGUCGAGAUCAACCCUCGCCACCACCACCAUCUCAAAACCUCCGCCACCUAAAACAACAACACCUAGCCACCAUAAACCAACACCUAGAGCUAGCAAACACCUCCUCCUCCACCUGCACCAACCCGAGUCCGCCGGAAACACAGCCUCCGAGAAGCCCACAAAGAGGAAACGGGAGAGGAGGACCCAAAACCUUACCCUAACCGAAACAGAGCAGAGCCGCCGUACCCCACACCAACCAUCAACCGCCAACCAACCUCCCAGGAGCCACCACACCCCACCAGAAAACCCAACCAGGACUGGAGAAUCCACCAAAUGCCAGCAAACAGCCCACGCCACCAAGAGCUCCGAGCGCAGCCAAAACCCCAUCAGUGACCACCGAGACACCGUCAAUUCGGCUCCCACAAACUACCUGAGGAAACGGCAAUGGUGGUGCCAAUCGCUGCCAGCUGGUGCCACCCGUAAACCCACACAACAAGCCAACGAUCCAGAUCCAUACACUUGUCGUGAAGCCACGUUUGCCGUUAAGCCCAAACUGUGACUACCCAAGAGUAGAAACACCUCAAACACGGUGGGUGGCCUCAUGAGCCUCACCACCUCCCUCAUCAUAUGACCACGCCGUUAAGCCACUGGCAAACCUCCGAUGAGAAGAGAAGGGAGUAAAAGCGGAAGCUGAAACAGCAGAUUAGAGCAGAGGGACGACCCAAUCUGGAACGGUUAGGGAAAGGAGAAGAAAA